GAGAACAUUUAUUUUCACGGGUUAGUGGUGUACAGUGACACUUCUUUCAAUCUUUCUCACUGCAAUGCUGUACUUCACCUCUGCAAACUUUCCAGUGGAAUAGGAAAUGUUUCUGUCUAUGAUGACCACGUACCAGAAUGAAGAUCAUCUAAACCACAGCAACGAGGCACUUAAAAUAUGCAAGUUUGGAGGCCAAUCCUCAAGGCAAUGUUCACUGAGAGCAGGGGGCUUACGCUCAACAUUAGCAUGGCAUACACCCUCCUACUGCAUGCCUCUAGGUGCGAGUUCAGAAACUAAACCCCCAUGUUUUAGUGGCAGAUGGGAAUGGUUUCAUCAACAUCUUCAUUAGGAUCAUUCAAGGUUUCAAGGUCAGUUUAUUGUCAAAUGUACCAAUUAAGGUACAGUGAAACUCAUGUACAGAUCCAGAUGGCCAUCCAUCAUUUACAGAUGCAUGUAAUGAGAACGCACCAAUUUUGUGUGAUAUGAUCCAUUGGCACACUUCCCAUCCAUACACUCGACAAAGAUUCCAAAAACAAGUUUUACAAAAGAAGGCAAGUAAAUAUUUGUUAAUAGCUCUUUCAAUCAAAAUAUGUCAACAUUUUAUCCUGUGCAGAAAUUGUAAUAAUUAGUGGGCCACUGAGUUUCAGGGUAGGACCGUGCCUGUUAGGUAUUAAAUUAACUAGAGUUGAGUCCAGUCUUUUUUAAUGAAGAGAAAAAUGUUGAGUUAAAUUACUUUUGAUUGUAAUCACAUGUUCCUGGGACAAGCCAUGCAAUCCUUGAGAAUCCUAAGAGCUUAAGAAACAUUUAGACAGGUACAUGGGUAGGACAUUUUUAGAGGGAUAUGGGCCAAAUGCAGGCUGGUGGGACAAGUGUAGAUGAGACAUGUUGGCUGGUGUGGGCAAGUUGGGUCAAACGGCCCGUUUCCAUGCUGUACGACUCAAUGAAUCAGAUGCCUAAUUCUCAGUCUCACUUCCUCUAACCUCAGUCAUCAACCUCCAAUACUAACCAAAGAAAUUCAAUGUAAACUCAGGGAAGAACAUUUCCUUUUUCAAUGAGCCAAGUCGCAGCCUUCUGGAUUUAACAAUAUCAGAUCAGAAGCUUUUUUCAUUUUGAUUAUCCUCCAUUUAAACCUCCUCCAAUCUGACCUUUCAUUAUUCUGAAUAUUUAUUUUAUCUAUUUCAUCCCAUCAUCCAUGUUGUUAUUACUAUCUCAUGCCUUCCACCCACCCCAGAUUUCCCCAUUUGUUCCCCUAUAUCUCCAUUGCAUCUGCCUCUCAAGGCCUCUUUUAUCUGUAACUAUCCCCAUUUCACCUGAAACAGGAACUCCAUUUUCUUUCCAUGCAGGACACUGAGACAUAUUGCAAGACUUUAUUUUCCCCAUGAAGUUCUCUAUUUGAGGCUCCAUACACAUGUGAGAAUCAACUCACUUGCAAUGUCCCUCAUGAUAGUAAACCAGUUGCAACUCCGGGCACUAGAGAAAUCCUCCUUCCAACAAGAUGCUGUUGUACACAAUUAAUUGGUUAUUAACUUCAAGGUUAUUAACUAUCCUCAGCAGAGGAUAAUCACGAGGGCAUUUUUGUUAACCUUUUAAGCACCCGAUUACACUGAUACACAAACUCAUAGGGUAUUAGAUUGCAGGUAACUUCACAAACACAAGAAAGAAAUUGAAUAUCUAAAGUGGUACAUUUUUCUCAUUUCCCUGCAUACAGCCUUGAGAAUGUUCAUUUCCACGUAAAUUUGUUAGAUAAAAAACUUGUGAAGUAGGAAAGGGUUAAAAACCACACAUAAGCAAAAGUGUUGAGCAGGUCAGGUGGAGAGAGGAAGUCAUUAAGCAUAUGUUCUGGGAGUUGAAUGAGAGAAGACAGUGUGUGUGUGUUUUUACUGACCUAGGUUUAAACUCAGUGAAGCUCGAAGUGAGGCCCGUGUUACACCUUGUUGUCCAGGCAUUGGGUAGGUAAUACAAAGAUAGAAAUGUGACUUGAAAGUAGGCCCAUUUCAUUAUUUAUUCAAUUUUGUCUUCAUAGCCUCUCAUCCAGAUGAAUGAUGCUGCAUAUUUACUUGAAGACAAUGUACAAGUUUAAUAUUCUUUUGGCCUGUGUCUUGGGAUGGGGAUGUUGCCUGCUCUGUUUUUAAUGAGUUCUGAGGUGGCCAGUGUGAGGAUUGUACAUUUUCCACACAGCGUGUGGGUAAUACUGGGGAAGUUACAUUGCCUUUCAAAGGGAACUGGUCUAUACUUUGCAUAUCAAAACACCUGACUCCGUUGGAAGAAUAGUGGAGUAUGUAGUGGGGUGUCUUUUACAAAGAGAAGGUAUAGCUAUGUGCUGUUAAACCUGAUUCAUAUUUCCUAAAUGUUAAAGGAUUUUAUCAUCAAACAAUGUUCCCCAUUCAAAGGUGGAUGAAAAUCCAAACUACCCCCAAACAAACUGGCAAGACUAGAUUAGGACACGCCAUAGGACUAGUUAACAUGCAACAUGAGCAUUUCACUGUACCUCGGUACAUGUGACAAUAAACUAAACUAAAACUCAGGAAGAGGUGCAGCAGAGGGUGGGAUAUGUCAAUUGAAAAUGUGUUGGUCUAUUAGUAGAUUAUUUUUAAACUAAGUAUUAAUUUCAAUGAACAUGGGGGGGAGGGAAAGCUCCUAGCACACUAAUAUGUUCUGAUUGAAUGUGCUCAAGGAACUAAAGGGCCUAUUAAUGUUUCUGUGUUGCCCUGUUAGAUGAUUAGGCAUGUUGAUAGCCUUGCGUUUUCAUGUUUGAAUUUAAGGAUAAAACUUCAGGAGACUAGACCUAAAAUUGUUUGGAUUAGAUUAAAAUCUUCUCUGGAUUUUAUUUAGCAACUUUAAGAGAAAGUGUUGGUUUAUAUUUUAGAAAGUGCUGUGUCUUUUUACAGUGGAUUCAUCUUUAAUUCAUUAGAACUCUGCAAUUCCAAGUGUUUGUUAGCCAUCAACCAGGUGUUUCCUCCAUGUCCAUUCCCCUUGUAUCUAGCCAGCCGAUACUUGCACGAUGAACCUGAGGUCGGGCAAAGCCACGUCAGCAAAUCCUUUCAUUCCCCCCACUCCACGCUGCACUAAGGUUCGAGAUGGGCUCCUGGAAACGCCACCAGGAGGAGACUGUGGUGAGCCUUCCAAGACUGCACGUUCAGCAGGAAAAACCACACCCAGAGCUUCAUCAAGGGUGAGAAAGGCCAGGCGAGUUGUGACGUUUGAUAAUUCACCCGAUUCCUUCUCGACCACACCCAGUACCAAACGAUUACCAAGAAAACGCUGGCAGGAGGUGGAGUUUAAAAGAGGGUUUGACUCCACUUCCUGUGCAACAAAAUCCCACACACGGGUGAGGUUUCAUGAGGAACAUCAUGGGCCGGUAACCAGGAAUAACCAUAAUGCCAAGCAAACAUUGUCCUCGCUUCCAAUCCUCCCUUCAGCAACUCCUGACAUGGAUACCAAUAGAAAUUUGGACCGAGGCUCUGUGCCCCUGGAGUGGAUUUUCUCCAUCAAUGUCUCAAUGGAUGCGACCUCGCUUUGUGCCAAGAAAGAAACCUUUAAUCAGUAUAAAUUCUUCAAGGAAUUUCAAAGCUCGACAGAAGAUUCACUUCAAAAAUCCAUUCUUCCGCUUAAAACCCGCAGCGUCCCUGAUUACUCGCUCGUUCUGGGGCUGGAUGAAACUCUCGUCCAUUGCCAGCUGACUCCCAUGGAGAAUCCAGACUUUGUAUUUUCUGUCCACUUUCAGGAUAAAAACUAUCAGGUCUACGUGAGGCUGAGGCCUUACUGCAGGGAAUUCCUCGAAACCAUCUCGCAGUUCUACGAGAUUAUCCUUUUCACUUCUGCUACUAAAGAUUACUCUGACAAAGUGUUGGAUAUACUGGACCCGCAAAGGCGGAUUAUCAGGCAUCGUCUACACCGGAAACACUGCACCAGUGUCAUGGGCAGCUACGUCAAAGAGCUGAUGGUCCUCGGAAGGGAUCUGGCAAAGACUGUGUUUGUGGACAGUUCUGCUGAAGCUUUUGUUGGUCAGACUGCAAAUGGGAUUCUAGUCAAAAGCUGGUUCGAGAGUCACAGCGACCAGGAGCUCCGCAAUCUCAUCCCGCUUUUGCAGAAAUUGGCAGAACUGGAGGACGUCAGGCCCGUGAUUCAGAGGAACCAGCUAAACGUUGGAGUCUAGGCAGAAGGCUGCCUUUGAAGGGACUGUGGGCUCCAGUAAAACCAAUAGCCUUUCCCCUUCCCAACUAAAGUUGUAUGUUGAGCACUAAAACCCAUCUCAUUUCACAACGAUAAUGUUGGAGAAUGAUGAUUUAUCAAACCUGCCUGGAACAUAAUGUAAACUUAAGAAGUAAAUGACAACAUCUUGCUUUACCUCCAGUUGUUCACAAGCCCAGUUGUUUUAUGUGUUGGAUGUAAUAUUAGCCAAGUCGUGCGUGAUCACUUGCAUCCUGUUACAUUAUUUUUCUACUAGUUUUAUCCGUAAUUUACAAAUAAAGGAUACCGCAUUAAUGCCUAAUCACAAUGGCUGUCUCUUAAUUGAUUGUUAAGUGGUCAAUUUGAAUCUGAAAGUGGAUUGUUUUAGAUAAGAUGGAAAUGAAAUUUCUAUUAGAAUUUGAAUCAACACUCAAGGCUGCAUUGCAUGUAGAAAAACAGAACUUGGUUUAUGCUCUGGGUAAAAGCGAAGGAGCUUAUAAUAUGUAA